GGAUGCUGCUGGAAUGACAGGAUGAUUGAGUACACGGCGUUACCAUGACACCCCUUCUAACCACUAUCUGGGAUGCUUUCAGGCAGCUGCUGUGUUGCGCCCAACCUAAGGACAAGUUAGCAGAAACCCACGACCUCGGAGAAGAUAACCAGAAAGGUCUAAUCUUCAAGAACCCCACCACAGACUCGCCCACUUACACACCCCAGACAAACGGGAGUAUCCCCCACCUGGAACACAACAAGUCACGUGACCUCCACACGCCCCCUACUGCUGUGGUUAAUCUGGAAACGGUUCAGAUAGAACUCUGUGAAACUGAGAGUGAGACGAAACAGUGCUCGGAUACUGACGACAUGCUUACUACGGCUCUUAGCAAGAAAGGAGCCAGGAAGACAGGACAUCUAUCUGUAUUCCAGGCUCCUAGUGUGACAGGACAUCUAUCUGUAUUCCAGGCUCCUAGUGUGACAGGACAUCUAUCUGUAUUCCAGGCUCCUAGUGCGAGGAAAACUUCCUGUAGAGGGGGAGGUCGUUACGAAGGGAAGGUCGUUACGAAGGGAGGUAGUGUUGAAUUCCCUAUAAAGAAUAUCAGCAACCUUGUUAAAACAACCUGGAUGCAGAAAAUAGAGGCCUCUCUGGGGAGAUUACCAUGCUGGAUGUUUUACUUUGAAGGAACCCUAAGUCAUCUCUUAUCAUCCCUCUGA